UGAUGAAGUAACGUGGCAGUCCCCGUGGGGCAGAAUGACGACCAAAGUGAGUGAGAAAGCCAGAAAGGAGUUUCCCAGCUGGAUAUAUGGGAAAUUUUUCCAACCAGAAGUGAAACAGGCCACCCUGGGAGCCAGUGGUCUCUGCUCAUCAGAGAUGCUCGGUUGGGAGCAAAGCUGUAAGAGGGUUUCUUGCAUUCUAAGGCACUGAGAAGUGAAUGACGUGCCCAGUCAUAGAGGAACCGCCUGGGGUGAGAUUUGAACCCAAACCCUCUACCCAGAGGGCUCCACGGGUCCUGCAGUGCUCUGAUUCUCAGAUUUGAGAGAGCAGACAGAAAGAAGGGGAAGACAGGCAAGUGAAAACUAGCGGGCCAGUAAGCAGGACUCGAGGGAGAUGGGAGUGGCUCAGGAGGCUGGGCUUCCUGGAGAGACAGCCACUCAAAGAAAUUUCAGUGGGGUGGAGCCUGGAGCUCCGAGAGAAGAAAGUGCUGAGAAUUGCAACAGAGGUGGAAAACCAGGGGGGGACAGCCAGCCACUGACAAGGUGAGGGGCGGAAGGGAUCCGGAUGGCUCCGAACGGCUCCCUGCCCUCCCCGGUACUGCUGCUGCUGCUGCUGCUGCUUCCUCCACUUCUGAGAGCCGCACCUCAAACCCCUCGGGUGUCUGUAUCUCCAGUGGUUUCUGGCCUUCUGGGGACAGAUGUGCAGCUCCCGUGCCACCUGGCACCUGGGGAAGUUGAGGUCCAGGUAUCCCAGGUGACAUGGCUCUGCGACAACCAGAGGAGAGAUCGCUCAAGUAUAGCUGUCUUCCACCCAACCCACGGAGCCGGCUUCCCGAGCACGGGGCCUGGAGCGGAACGCCUGGCAUUCGUGUCCCAGAGCCAGAGUCCAGGUUCAAAGUUCCACGAUGCCUCCCUAAUCAUCCGGGAUCUGAGGGCCGAGGAUGAAGCCAAUUAUACCUGCGAGUUUGCUACCUUCCCUGGGGGCAACAGCAAAGGCACCACAUGGCUCAGAAUUCUGGCUGAACCUGAGAACCACGCAGAGGCCCACGAGGUGACCUCGGGUCCGGCCCCCAUAGCUGUGGCCACCUGUGUGUCCAGCGGGGGCCGCCCACCGGCUCGGAUCUCCUGGUCCCCUCCGUCGGUCGGCCGGAGCAAUGAGAGCAGGACGGCAGGACCCGUGCCCGACACCUUCACCGUCACCAGUUGCUUGACUCUCAUCCCUACGGCCCAGAUGAAUAAGAAGAAGGUCAUUUGUAGGGUGGAACACGAGACCCUCAGGGAGCCUAAGCAGCUGCCCGUCCUUCUGACUGUAAAAUAUGCCCCUGAGGUCUCCAUAUCAAGCUCAGACGAAGACUGGCUUCUUGGGCAACAGGAGGCCUCCCUGGAUUGCGCCGCCCAGAGCCACCCCCCGCCGCUGGCCUACCGCUGGAGCACGGCUUCCGGCUCCCUCCCUCCGACAGCCGUGUCCGAAGGCUCCAAGCUGGUCGUCAGCUCCGUGGACUGGUCGGCCAACGCCACCUUCAUCUGCCAGGUUACUAAUGCCGUGGGCACGGGCUGGGCCAGCCGAACCAUCCGUGUCAGAGAAGUGCCGUCCUCCAAGUUGUCUGCGGGGCACACUGCGGCCAUCGUAGUGGGCGUGAUUGUGGCCGUCGGCCUUGUCGGCCUUGUCCUGGCCGUCAAACUACGCCUGUGUCGAGGCUGUAAUAGGAACUCACCUGAAAUGGAAGUCUCCUACGCUUCCGUGCCCUCCACUACCAACCCACCCAGGCCGACCCAGGAUAGCGUGGCAGAUGACACCAACCCAAAUGGCAGACAGAGCCUGGCUGAGUGACGGACCCUCCCAGCCUCCUCAAGCCAGAAGAGGAUCAGCCUUUCGCACCUUCCUGGCCCACAAAGCUCCUCUGGCCUCCACUGGAUGGGGACCAGCCUGUUGGGAAGAGCUCAGGCAUAAGCAUCAGGACACUGGACUCUGCCCCUGGGAGCCCACUAGUAGGGUGCAUGAGCAUGAACAAGAUCCUUACUCCUUCCUGUCCUCAGUUUCCCCAUCCAAAAAGAGAAGGCCAAUCCACAAGCAUUUAUCAAGCACUUACAUGAGACACACCAGGUUAGAGAAGCAUCCCACGUGUUCUUGGGGGGCUAUUUGUGCCUGACCCAUGGCAGAGCACUCCAAGGCCUGAUCAGCCACAGCAGGACACACUGCAACUCUUGGUUCUCUUUGAAAAGAAAGGACAACAACAGGCUGAGAUCCUCCAGUUCCUGACCUCUCCUCACCCAAGACUUGGGAUAUUUUUAUUUUUGUAAUUAUUUUUAAUAAUUUAUUACUUAAUUUAUUAAUAAAAUGCUCCUGCUACCAAUCUGGGUCCC